AUGGAUUUCAAGUCCUGCCUUGUUGUGCUCCUCUUGGCCUUAGCCAUGGUGGCUGCAGUAGAGUCUUCACCGAUCCACGACGCCGCCUGGGGUCUCAGACACAACCACGACGACGUGGGUGACUUGAUCGGAGAAGACAAUGAGAUGUUACUGGACUCCGAGGUCGGCCGGCGUCAACUUGCUGGAAGGCCCCGUUUUAUCAGCUACGGUGCCCUUAAGAGAAACCAUGUACCGUGUGGCCAGCCCGGAGCCGCCUACUACAACUGCAACAGACAGAACUCACAGGCAGCCAAUGUUUACCGCCGUGGUUGCAGCGUCGCCACCCGUUGCGCUCGCAGCAAUUAA